CAGACACAGCGAGGAGUUCUAGCAGUUCAACUUCGCCACCACCAAAAAAAGACUUUUUUUAUUUUUUUUUCCUUUUCUCUUUAUACAUUCGGACCUCACAUCUCUUCGCUGGGGAAAAGCAAUUGUGACUCCAGCCUUCACCGAGAGCAGGAUCUCAGUUGUAGAAAUUACUGCCUGAAGAUGUCUGCAACUCUUCUAUCUGCUUUCUACGAUAUCAACGAUUUCUUGUGCAACAAGAACGAAAAAUCUCUGAAUAACUACAAUAACUUUAACAGUAUGCUGGAUAAAAAGGCAGUGGGGACCCCUGUAACAAGUUUUGCGCCGGGAUUUCUGAGACGGCACUCGACCAGCAACUUGCAGGCGUUGGCCAACAACUCGUCCGCCAAGUAUCCCAGUUCUUUCCCCAACAUCAAGGAGUCGAACAACACGGCCAUGCUGAACAAAGAGAACAAAUUCCGUGACCGCUCGUUCAGCGAGAGCGCCGAGCGGCAGCAGCAGCAGCCGCCGCUCAGCCCAUUGCACCUGGUCCAGCAGCAGCAGCAGAAAGCAGCGGCCGGUAGUGGUCAGGUCAACUCCACCCGCUACAAGACCGAGCUGUGCCGACCUUUCGAGGAGAGCGGCACCUGCAAGUACGGUGACAAGUGUCAGUUCGCCCACGGCAUGCACGAGUUGCGGAGCCUGACCCGCCACCCCAAGUACAAGACGGAAUUGUGCCGCACAUUCCACACCAUCGGCUUCUGCCCUUACGGACCCCGCUGCCACUUCAUCCAUAACGCCGAGGAGAGGAGGCAGGCGCCCUGCAACAAUAAUGCCAUCAACUCUUUCCAGCAGCAGCACAGCGGCGGCGGCCAGCACCAGCCCCGACCCAAGCUCCACCACAGCCUCAGCUUCUCCGGCUUCCCCAGCGGCUCCAGCGGACUCGAGUCCCCGCUGCUGGAGAGCCCGACCUCCCGCACGCCGCCGCCGCCUUGCUCCUCCUCCUCGUCGUCGUCCGGCUCCAACAUGUUCUGCGAGGACUUGCUGUCGCCCACACUGCCAGCCUGCGCCAACAACGCCUUCACCUUCUCCAGCCAGGAGCUGAGCAACCUGCUCACCCCGCUGGCCAUCCAGACCCAGCAGCUCGGGGGAGGGGGAUACAGCCAGCAGCAACAGCCCGCUAAUGUCUGCCCUCCGUCCCCUCCCUACAUCUUGAGCCAGAUGCAGUCGUGCCUGCGGCGGCUGGCCGAGUCUCCGGUCUUCGAUGCCCCGCCGAGCCCCCCGGAUUCCCUCUCGGACCGGGAGAGUUACUUGAGCGGCUCGCUGAGCUCGGGGAGCCUGAGUGGCUCCGAGUCCCCUAGCAUGGACCCGGGCAGGCGCCUCCCUAUAUUCAGCAGGCUUUCCAUUUCCGAAGAUUAAAAGACAAAACAGUUUAUAUAUUAAAAAAAAACUCCACUUUUUUCUAUUUAACAACUUUAUUUACGAAUUGCAAACAUUAUAAACAACAACAACAAAAAUCCUGCCAAGAAAAUGCCUUCGUUAAGGAAACAAAUAUUACAGGACUUGCUUUUUUUUGCCUUGUUUUAAAGAGAAAAAAAAACUUUCAUUCCAAACUUUGUUGCAAGUUAAUCUAUUUUCCAUUGCCACCUAGUGGCCCGUUUGCCUUUAUAGAGAAGAGAACCGUGUUGCAGAUCUUUUUUUGUCGAGCACUCGUUCGUUGAGUUAGUUGUAAUUGUUGAAAUAACUGCUGAUUGUUAAAUUUUUUUUAGCUGUUGAGUUGUUGUGAUAGCACAUCGCAGCACAACUCGCUAUAAAACUAUUUAACUUAUUUAUUAUCUCGAGAAAGUAUACAUUGGUAAUUUGUUCAUACUGUAUUUAUCGCGUAUGAUGAAAACAAUAGAUAUAUAUUCUUUUAUUAUGUUUAAAUUAUGAUUGCCAUUAUUAAUCUGCAGAAUGUGGAGUGUGUUCUUUUCACAGUAAUAUAUGCCGUUUUGUUUUGUAACUUCACUUGGUUAUUUUAUUGUAAAUGAUAAAAUCUUAAUUUAAGAGAUUGUAUGUAAUAUUUAUUUCAUUAAUUUUUUCCUUGUUUACGAAAUGAGCAAUUGCAUGGUUUCUACGUUCUAGAAAUCAGUUCUUGAUGCUGUGGAAGUAGUUAGGAUUGGAGAUGGUAGGCAUUUUUUUUAAGAAUGUAAAGUAACUGGGGAUGUUAGACCGUCCAAAGUCAGUGGUUAAAACUUCAAGUAUCAGACUUUCAUGUGGCAUUCUUAAGUCAAAGUGGCAUCAUAAGUUUUUUUUUGUUGUAUAAAUGACACUGUGAUUUUUUUUUUCCUUUUUAAAAAACACAAUAAAGAGCCAAAAUAUGUAGCACCCUGGACCCAGUAUUAUAUUGACAGUGCCUUCAGGGUCCAGUUACAGAGACAGUUCUUAUUUUUCUUAACCAAAAUAACGAGCUCAAGUUUCAGAACAAAUGUGCAUUCCCUUUAAAAGUAUUUUUUUAUAAUUGGGGGAUGUCAGUUCUCUGAAUGUAAUAGUUUUGGAAGUGAACUUAACAUUGUUUAAAUGCAGCCUAUCUGCCCAGGAAAAAGGGGGGAUGGGAGCGAGAGACAUUGCCACCACUUUGAUUAGUGAGGGGCCACCUCUAGGUCUGAGCAGUUUUUUUUUUUGCAGUAAAUCUGAAAUGUCUGGAGAAUGGAACUCUGCUUUUGGGUUUUUUGUUUUUGUUUUUUCUGGGAUUUACUAUUAAAACAAAAAAGAAGGAAAAAAAAAAACUUCACAUUUUCCAAGACAGUGGGUGAAUGAUAGUAGGUUUAGUUUGUACAUAGUAGGUACAGAUUAUGAGCACUAUGUACUCUCUUUUGACUACUUUAACAGAAGUAUCCUUUGAAUGUAACAAAAGGAAAAAAAAACUUGUGAAAAAAUACUUGGGGUGUCAGUUCACUACAGAUUAAGUGAGACUGUAAAAUUUGUACUGUAAAUUUUUUGUAGUUCUCCCAAUAAAAUCAUUUUUGAAGAAA